AUGUGCAAGCUUUGUGUCAAUGCUUUAGCAACAAAAGAAAAUUUUUACAAAAAGAACUGCUCACCAUCCCCAAAUUGUCCAAUUUGUCAUGAUAGAAUUGAACCUGUAAAGCACAUGCUUUUUGAGUGUGACUGGACGAGGGCAGUUUGGUUCUCAAGCUCGCUUACCCUUAUUCCUCCUUCGCCUGGUACGUCCAGUGUGCUCCAAUGGUUAGAUACUCGUAUUGCUGCUACAACCUCUAAGAAAGAGAGUUCAUAUCUUAUUUCUGGCUUUGCUUUUGUCGCAUGGUCAAUCUGGACAGCUAGAAACAAAUUUGUUUUUGAGCAUAAUUUAGUUUGCCCACUCUUAAUUAUUAAAUCAGCCUCUCAAGCUCAAUCUGAAUUUUUGUCUUUGUUAAAUUCCUCAUGUUUAGAGUCUCUAAGCUCUGUCAUCAAUUAUCCAUCGCAGUGGAUCCCUCCCCCUGUUUUAUCGGUGAAGUUCAAUUGUGAUGGUACUUUUAAGCGAGGCUCCGCAUCUAUUGGUGUUGUGAGAAGAAACUCUGAUGGAAGUCUUAUUAACGGUUUGGGUUGUAAAGUUAAUGUUAUAUCUUCUCUUCAGUCUGAGCUUCUUGCGAUUCGUAAGGCCUACAUGAUAAUUACUCAACAACGUAUUGCUCAUAGUAUUGUUGAAUCUGAUUGCAAGGUUGUUGUUCAUCUUUUACAAUCUGAUAAUGCGCCUCCUUGGGACUCUGCUGUUGUUAUAGAGGAUAUCAGAUUUAUGGCAUCUGUUUCAAGUAUAUCCUUCUCUUUUGUGGCUCGCUCCGGUAACCGUGCAGCUCACUAG